CGCGAGUCCGAACGUGCUCGUGCAGUACACCCCCAAGAAGUCAUGCAGCAUCUCGGUGAUUCGGCGAAGGAUCUCCGCAGUACGUCGUGCCAUCGCGCAUUGCCGGCGACGCGCCACUACGUGUAAGGACGUAACAUUUCCGUUUCCCGUGUCCUUUCCGACGCGCAUAACAACAACGACAACUGCUCAUAACAGUACAAUAUAAUAUAUCAAGUACCACUGCGUGUUUAGUGUGCGAAAUAUUACACCGUAGAAUACCUAUACACAUACGUUAAAUGUACGUAGACACUUAAGCGCACGUAUCAGUGCGUCGCACACGUCGUGCGUGAGAUUGCACGUAGAACAAGAUAGGUGCAUACAUUUGGUGUUCAAGUGAAUUUAUAUUGCUUCAUUAUUAUUAUUAUAUAAUAACCAUGGACGGGAAAAUAGCCUCGGUUUUCGGAAAAUACUUCUCACCCUCGCCGCUGGUGAAUCAAAUACGGAAUUUUGUCAACCGUCAAAUAGACGAGCAAACAGCGCCCACGGUAAGCAUACAGCCGACGGUAACGAAACACGGUAAUAACGUUAAUGGCACUGCUCCGAAACCUGCAAUAAUAAGCAAUGAAAAACUUACAAUGGAAAUCCAAGUAUGUCCACAAUCUGUUCAGCCUGCCGAUAGAAACUUAGUGCACGUUACCAAAGCACAGAUGAAAGAAUUUCGAGAAGCUUUUAGAUUAUUCGAUAAAGACGGCGACGGCAGUAUUACUAAAGAAGAAUUAGGUCGAGUAAUGAGAAGUCUCGGACAGUUUGCUAGAGAAGAAGAACUGGAAACGAUGUUACAGGAAGUCGAUAUUGAUGGUGACGGAGCGUUCAGUUUUCAAGAAUUCGUGGAAAUUGUGUACAACAUGGGUGGUACCGCGGAGAAGACGGCAGACCAAGAAGAAAAGGAGCUGCGAGAUGCGUUCAAGGUGUUCGACAAACACAAUAGGGGAUACAUAAGUGCAUCGGACUUGAGAGCGGUUCUCCAAUGUUUGGGUGAAGAUUUGUCUGAAGAAGAAAUCGAAGACAUGAUUAAGGAAGUGGACGUGGACGGCGACGGAAGAAUCGAUUUUAACGAAUUCGUCAAUGCCUUAGGAGAACCAGGAGAUGAUUAUGAUGAAAAUGAUGAGGAUGAAGAAGAAAUUUAGCUACAAAUGAAUGUUCCAACAUAGUUUCCGAACAGUUACAGUGUUAACAUUAAAUUAUUAAGUUCAGUUAUAUUUUGAAACAUUAAAAACCACAAUUUUUUUUUAUAAACUUAAGUUAAAAUUUAAUAACUUUCCCAUGAUGUAAUUCCAACAGGAAAAAACACACCAAUAUCUUAAUAUUUUUAACUAUUGAUCUCUGAUAAGAAACAUGUAACAUAUUUUAUUUCCAUAUCAAUGUAAUACCAUAGCGUUGUUAAGUAACUUCAAGUAAAUUUCAAUGUUUAAUAAUCAAAUUAAUCACUCAAUGAAACAAUCAAUUUGACUUAAGAGCAUAUACCAUUAAUAAUUAUACCAUUAAUUACCUAAAAGUAUUUUAGUUCAUAAGUACAUUUAGUUAAAACUAUUUAUUUAAGAAACUAUAAAAAAUUUUUGUUCAACAUGUCAUUAAUGUUUAUU